GUCUUUAGAAACUUUUAUGGCAGUAAUAUCCUACCUAACUUUCCUUGUUAAACUGUGUCCCAAAGAUCUCAGUUCAGUAUUUAGAUGUUUCCUUUGCACCACACAGGAACUGCAUUUAAACAACAUAUACUGCGCCUUUCCUUGACAAGUGCCUCCAUACAGAUGCCCGUUUCAUACAUAUUAAUUCUGAACAGCCAAUUAUUCAACCUAGUAUGUCCAGUGCGUGAUCGUGUAGGUAAUACUCCUGUGAUGUGUCUCGGAGGCCGACAUCGGAGUGUCUUUCUGAAGAGUGAACUUUCGCAAAGUGGCAGGCCUCGAUGCUGUACCCGUGGCCAUUCUGCAAGAGGAGGUGUACAUAUUGUAACUUCAAUAAGUACAUCUCUCUCAGCGUUGAUCACACUGCCAUGAGGAAUGCUCUUGUACAGGAGACGGAAACCCUGCUGCGUGACAGCCAAGUGAAAGAGAUCACUUCGGUGUUCUUUGGUGGUGGAACACCAAGCCUAGCCAAGCCAUCCACCAUUGCCAGCAUCUUAGAAACUGUUGCCAAGGCGACACAUACCUGUCACAACAUGGAAGUCAGCUUGGAGGCCAAUCCUACAUCAGUCUCAUUGUCCAAGCUUGCUGAGUUUAAAGAGGCUGGAGUGAAUAGGAUCUCCCUUGGGAUCCAGGCUUUACGUAACGAUGACUUGAAAAUCCUGGGACGAGAUCACACAGUCCGGGAAGCCAUUUGGAGUCUGGAAGGAGCCAGGAAUCUUUACCCUGGUUGCACAUCUGUUGACAUAAUCUUUGGACGCCCAGGACAGAGCUUGGAGUUGUGGGAGAAAGAACUGGAGGAGAUUCUAACUCUCUGUGACCUUCAUGUGUCUCUUUAUCAGUUGACAUUGGAAAGAGGGACAGCCCUUUACAAACAGGUCCAAGAGAAGGUUCUGAAAAUGCCUGAACAACAGUUGGUGGCAGAGAUGUACAAUGUAGCAAGGAAUAUUCUGGAAAAGACAGGAUUCCAUCAAUACGAAGUGUCAAAUUUUGCUAAAAAUGGAGCUGUGUGCCUCCAUAACCUGGGAUAUUGGAGAGGAAUGCAGUACCUCGGGGUAGGCCCAGGUGCCCAUGGCCGGUUUGUACCAAGGGGUGACGGUAAAACACACAGAGAGGCAAGGAUACAGACUCUGGAGCCAGAUCACUGGCUCAGGGAGGUGAGACAGUUUGGUCAUGGAACCAGGAAGAGGGUACCACAAAGUGAAUUGGACAUCUUGGAGGAAGUGCUGGUGCUAGGACUCCGAAUGAAUGGGGGACUUACCCAUCAGCAGUGGGAGCAGCAUUCACCUUUAUUCAGCCUGAAGGAAGCGAUGAGGGUAUCCCCUGAAGUGCAGCAGUACCUGCAGGAGGAGUUGCUUAUUCUGGAUGACAGGGGCUUACGAUGUUCAUGGGAAGGCCUGGCUUUACUUGACAGCCUGCUGCCCACUCUUCUGAACCAGUUGCAACAUUCCUACCGGAACUCGGCUUCUCGCUGUCUUUAACUCAUUCCUUCCUUAGACUCACUGGAAGUUCAAGUUUAUUAUCAGUCAACUGUAUACGUGUAUGUGUUCGUCCAUCGUCGAUGUCAGUGAGGGCCUUGUCUCCAUUAUGAUGUUGAGAGUAUGCGGGCAGUGGGCAAAUCAGCCCUCUUGUGCUUUUUGAUCUCCUCACUUGAGAUUCAAUUUCACGCAACCCUGCCACUUUGAUCUGGCCCACACCUUCAAUAACCAGGUCCAACACUUGCCUUUCUUGGAUCUUGCUCCUCCUGACAAAGGUAAUCUGGUUUGUGGGGGUGUGGCCAGGGUUAAUCGGGAUGUGCCUAUGGUUUGUGGGGGUGUGUGCCCCCUUGGACGUUAGGAUUAGGUUUGAGUGUUGGGCUGGUGGAUGUGUGACUGGGAGAGGUAAGGCUGCGGAGUUUUGAGUGGUGAGAUACGAGGUGCUAUGGCGGAUGGGCUCGUGUGGUGAAGCUAGGUUAAUCUGGCCCAUGCCUUUCAUUAUCGUGGUCCGACACCACUUGGAUCAAUGAACCGGGUGUGCACUGGGACAUGCCAUUCGUAAUGCAUCAUAAUGGUGCACCAGAAAUACAAGGUGGUAGGUGAUAGUUGAAACCUGGGGGGAGGGGGGGGUGAAGUAAAGAGUUGGGAAGUCGAUUGGUGAAAGAUAAUGGGCUGGAGAAGGGAGAGGGUAGAAGGCCAUGGGAGAAAGGGAAGGGGGAGGAGCACUAGAGGGAGGUGAUGGGCAGGCAAGGAGACAGUACCAUGGGAAGAUGGUGUCGAAGAAGCUUAUGAGAGGAAAAAGACCAAGUACUCUGAACUGGCAACUGAAGCUGCCCAGAAUGGCUGGAAGACCAAGAUUUUCCCUGUAGAAGUGGGAUGCAGGAGAUUAGUUGCCACAUCGACGACCAGUCUAUUGAAGAAGAUGGGGGUGAGGGGUCACUCCCUCCAACAAGCAGUCAAGUUCUUGUCAAAUGCAGCAGAAGGAAGCAGCAAUUGGAUUUGGAUUAAAAGGAAAGACAACAACUGGGCUGCAAGAUGAAGACAGGAGGGUAUGGAACUGAGGGGGUGUAUCUGGGAUGCCAGAUAGCACCGUUGAGCCCUCUGGAGACGUCGUGGGCUUAUCAACGAAACGUCACAGAAGGAGGGUGCCCACCUGAUGACCCUGGUGAUGUACCUACCCUCCCUCCUUGUCACCACUCCAAACCCACUGCCAACAUUGAGAGUGCCAACUUACCGUAGGGAUUGAAACAUCAAGUCCUAAUAUUAUUUCUACUUUAUAUAGGCUGUGUAUUUAUCAUAUCAUUCCUGCUUUUACUGUGUUACUGUUAUUUUAGGUUUUAUGUGUUAUUUGGAAUGAUUUGGUAGGUUAUUUUUUGGGUCUGGGAACGCUCAAAAAAAUUUCCCAUAUAAAUUAAUGGUAAUUGCUUCUUCACUACGCCAUUUCGGCACGAAAGCUUUCAUAGAAACACUCUACCUUAGCGGGAGAAAUACGGGACAAGGGCGGUCCCGUAUGGGGCAAACCAAUUUAGCCUAAUAUACGGGAUGUCCCGGUAAAUACGGGACAGUUGGCAACCUAUGUUCAAGUUCAACAGUGCGUGACAGGGAAUGAGGAAAGGUGCAGCUGACUCAUAUCGUUUCCUCGCGGCCCGGUAGCACAUGCUUUGGUUCAAGACCGCUGGACUACAGGAGUAAUGGAGACAGGCUAAACCCUAUUGAUAUCAAUGGAUCUGGGGUUGAGAGGGUGAACAGCUUUAAGUUCCUUGGCAUACACAUUACAGAGGAUCUCAUGUGAUCUGUACCUACCGGCUGUGUGGUGAAAAAGGCACAACAGUGCCUCUUUCACCUCAGGUGGUUGAAGAAGUUUGGUUUUGGCCCCCAAAUCAUAAAAACUUUCUACAGGGGCACAACUGAGAGCAUCCUGACUGGCUGCAUCACUGCCUGGUAUGGGAACUGUACUUCCCUCAAUCGCAGGACUCUGGAGAGAGUGGUGCGGACAGCCCAGCACAUCUGUAGAUGUGAACUUCCCACUAUUCAGGACAUUUACAAAGACAGGUAUGUAAAAAGGGCCUGAAGGAUCACUGGGGACCCGAGUCACCCCAACCACAAACUGUUCCAGUUGCUACCAUCCGGGAAAUGGUACCUCAGCAUAAAAGCCAGGAUCAACAGGCCCCGGGACAGCUUCUUCCACCAGGCCAUCAGACUGAUUAAUUCAUGCUGAUACAAUUGUAUUUCUGUGUUAUACUGACUGUCAUGUUGUACAUACUAUUUAUUGUAAAUUACACAUUCCACAUUUAGAUGGAGACGUAAAAAAGAUUUUUACUCAUGUAUAUGAAGGGUGUAAGUAAU